ACUUUUUGUUUAAUUCUGAUGUCACAAGUGAUGCUAGUUUUAGGUCCAAAUAAGGUAGGAAAAAGCAGUUUAAUUGAUUCAUUAACUUAUGGAUAAUUCCAUCGAGAAUUUUAUCCAUAAGAUAUUCAUUUUUAAGUUAAAUUAGCUAAAACAGCAUAACACAGAGUUUAUGAAGUAUAAUCAAUAGAAUGGGAUGGAAAACCUUUGGGAUUGGUAUAAUUCUAUUCAAAUGUAGCUGAUUUAAUAUUGAUAGUUGUUAAUAUUUGUGGUUGUUAUGAAUAAAUGGAUUAGGUUCAUGAUAUAUAUUAGACUUUACCAAUUACAAAUAAUAAAUAAUAAAUAGUAUUAAUCGGUAAUUUGAACGGAUAAAAUAAAAGAAAUCAAUAACUAUGUUAGAGUUUAAGUUUAUUUGCAAAAUUAAAUGAUCUUAAACUUUAUGAACUAGAUAGCACAAACAUUAUGAAUGUCUAAAUAGAAUUCAAUUUCAUUACGUAACCAUAUUCAAUUUUUGAUGAUAUUUGGAAUAGAAAUUAAACUUAUGUUACAUAAUUUAUGUCCUAAACUGUAUCAUUAUUCAAUUGA